GGGGGGGGAGGCUGCGCGCGCAGCAGCGGAGCGUCACGGUUGUUUGUGGCGCAUCAGCAGCGGAGCGGAUCUUCAUCAUCAUCAUCAGCAUCUUCAGCUUCAUCCAGCGGCUUGUUUCCAGGUCCGGCUGCAGCGCCCUUCAUCAUGACUAAAGAGGAAAACAUGCAGGAGCAGGAGAAGGAGAGACAGGACCACGAGGAGCAGGAGGAGGCCCGGGUUCAGAGGGAGGAGGACGAGGAGCUGACCGAGGAAGAGGAGGACGAGGAAGAGGAGGAAUAUGAGCUAGAAGAGGAGAGGACAGAGGUGGAGAACGAGGAGGAGCAGGAGGAGGAGCGUGAGGAGCGAGAAGAGCAGGAGGAGCAGGAGGAAGAAGAGGCUCCUCCAGCUGAACCAGCGGCUGAGCCGGUUCCUGAGAACCAGAGUCCGGUUCAGGAGCCGGCCCGCCGGGCCAUGGUCCACCCGUCGGCCCAGGCACCGCUGCCCAAAGACUACGCCUUCACCUUCUUUGACCCAAACGACCCGGCGUGUCAGGAGAUCCUGGCUGACCCACGGACCUCCAUCCCCGAGCUUUUCGCCAUCGUCCGCCAGUGGGUCCCGCAGGUGCAGCAUAAGAUUGACGUCAUCGGAAACGAGAUCCUGAAGCGCGGUUGCCAUGUGAACGACCGAGACGGUUUGACUGACAUGACGCUGCUUCACUACAGCUGUAAGGCUGGAGCUCAUGGAGUUGGCGACCCGGCGGCGGCGCUGCGGCUCACCAGUCAGCUGAUGUCUUUGGGCGCCGAUGUCAGUCUGCGGAGCCGGUGGACCAACAUGAACGCGCUGCACUACGCUGCCUACUUUGACGUCCCAGAGCUGAUCCGAGUCCUGCUCAAAGCCGCCAGACCCAGAGUGCUGAACUCCACAUGCAGUGACUUCCACUACGGCACGGCUCUCCACAUCGCCGCCUCCAACCUCUGCCUGAGUGCAGUGAAAUGUCUGCUGGAGCACGGAGCCAACCCCACCGUCAGGAAUGAUAAGGGCCAGGUUCCAGGUGAGGUGGUUCCGGACCCGAUGGACAUGAGCCUGGACAAAGCCGAGGCGGCCAUGGUGGCCAAAGACCUGAAGCAGCUGCUGCUGGACGCCGUGCCGCUCAGCUGUAACCUCCCCAAGGCCACGCUGCCCAACUACGACAACAUUCCCGGAAACCUGAUGCUGGCAGCGCUGGGGCUGAAGCUGGGUGACCGUGUGGUUCUGGACGACCUGAAGACCGGAACCCUGCGGUUCUGUGGAACCACGGAGUUCGCCAGCGGUCAGUGGGUCGGGGUGGAGCUGGACGAGCCAGAGGGGAAGAACGACGGCAGCGUGGGCGGAGUCCGCUACUUCAUCUGUCCUCCGAAGCUUGGUAUUUUUGCUCCGGUUUCAAAGAUUUCCAAAGCUGUGGAUCCGACUCCGUCCUCGGUCACCUCCACCCCCAGAACCCCCCGCAUGGACCUGGCCUCCCGCCUGGCUGGGAGGACCAAGAAGGAGAAGAAGGAGAAGGAGAAAGCCCAAAAGAAGAAGACAUCCGUGGCUAGUCUGGACCCGGAGGGGACAAACGUGGAGGUGGGGGACCAGGUUCUGGUGGCGGGUCAGAAACUCGGCAUCGUUCGCUUCUACGGGAAGACGGACUUUGCUCCAGGGUUCUGGUUUGGUGUAGAGUUGGACCAGCCCACUGGGAAACACGACGGCUCGGUGUUCGGGGUCCGAUACUUCAGCUGCCUGCCCAAAUAUGGAGUGUUUGCUCCGCCCUCCCGGGUCCAGAGGAUCGGAGGACCUAAAGAAGGCUCCCAGAACGACGGCUCCAUGGUGAAGAAGGUUCAUCAAGUCUCCAUGUCACAGCCAAAAAGGAACUUCCACACCAUGCGAUCUCCUAAAGAUCUGACCUCCGAGAGCUCCAUAUCCAGGUUGCUGUUCUGCUGCUGGUUUCCGUGGAUGCUCCGUGCUGAGAUGCAGUCCUAACCACCGCUCCGAUCUCUACGUUCUCUCCAUCGUUCCGUCCCUGAACGCCUGGUGGUGAAGCCCCGCCCGCUGUCUUCUUCUUCUCCUGGUUUAGCCGUUCUAUAGCAAAAUCUAUAGUGCCUUGUAUCUGAUUAACCGAGUCCAAGCUAACGCUCUGAAAUCUGCCCUGCCUCUCUGGCGCCACCUAGUGUCCGGAACAGUCAGCGCGUCUGUUUCUGCCUCAUGGUUCUGUUUCACUGCAAUCAGCUGGGAGGAUCGCUUUGACCCAACAGUUCAGAACCAGAGCCUGGCUCUGGACGGGUUUCUGUUGUGCGGUGAUGAUGUCAGACCCAGUCGGCUGCUGAUUGGGUGAGAUCCAGAACUUUGUUUACCCACCAUGUGUUCCUCUAAUGUCCUCCAUGUUUAACCAGGAAACAGGGUUGGUCAUCUGCACUGCUCCGUUUUUACCUCAGCGUUUAGAUUUUACAGAUAAAUUCAGCUAAAUCCCCAACAAACCAACAAGUUUCACACACAGCAGCUGAACAGUAAAAAUCAUUUCAUAAUCAAAAAUAUUUUAGAAUCUUAAAGACGAUCAGAAUAAAACACAAAAUGCAGUUUGAUCCAUCUGCAACCUUUUACAUAAACCUUUUAUUUAUACUUGCUUUUAUAUUUCAGAAUGUUUGGCAAAAUUUAAAUUAUGCUGCCUUAUAAUAAGAUAUUCAUGUCAUGCCUCAGUAAAUACCAGAAGGUUCUCAAUGAAAUGCUUCAUUUUAGUUCUGGUUCAUCUAAUCCCCCCAUUCCUUCAAUUUCCUUAGUGACUCAUGAAGCUAAUUUAAUUAUAAAAUCAUGUCUGAAAUGAAAAUGAUCAGGCUUCUGCCACCAGGAACCUUCAAACUGGAUCAACUGCAGGAUUUAACUCAAAAUGAGAUAACGGGCAGUGAAACGGUGCCGACUGGAUAAAUAUCAGCUUUGGGUUGAUGGAUGCAAAGAGCAGCUGCACACUAACUGUCAGUUUUUAUUCCACCAAAACUCCUUGAACAUUUGGCCUCAGACUUUCCUGCAUAACUGAAGCUCUGGCCUCAGAUCUCACCGCAUGCAGACGACUCACUGCUUUUCCUUUGUUUUGAUCCUCACCAGACCUUUACAACCUGAAGUUGAUCCAGACAGUGCAGAUUUUUCCUGUUUCUAUUCCACCCAAAUGAGAGGUUUCUCCAGAGCGCAGCUUUUGUUGCUAGCGGUGUAAAAGCUAGCGCUCCACAGACUCUGGAUCUGCUAACUCUGUCGUCUCAGCUAAGCGUUGCCGUUUGUGGGCCACAGUGAUGGUGGAAGUUUGUCUUUGUACAGUAAAUGUGGAGUUACAGUUCGGUCAAUGUGUUGCAGUGAAGCCACUUCACUGUCAACUUUGUAAACGUGGACUUUCCCUGGUUUGGCCACCAGGUGUCACUAUAAUCCCCAUUUAGCCUGAAUUCUUUGCAUAACUAUUUAUUUGCAGCUUACAACCAGGUCAGACUGGUUUUGACCAGUUCAGACUGGUUUUGACCGGUUCAGACUGGUUUUGACCAGUUCAGACUGGUUUUGACCGGUUCGGUUCUGUAACUACCACCUGUUAACUUCACUUCUUUGCUGUCUGGUUUUAAAAAUGCUCAUUUCAACAUUUUCAAACAGAAUUUGCUUCAUUAACAUCCAACAAGUUCAUUCGUCUCUGACGUUGUAAAAACCUUCCAGUGAUGGAUUCAGUUUUAACAUCUCUGUAAAUAUUGAAACUGAACCAGCAGGAAAGUAAAGCUAGAACGGUCAGAACCUCUGGUUCUGUUCUGGUUCUGUCAUCCCUACAGGAACUAACUCAGCUCUGGUGUUUCAUUGAGUCUUAAUGAUCUACAGUGUAUAGCCUAUAUUUUGAUAACUUCACUAAGUGUCCCUUUUGUUUUGGUAUUUUAUGGGUUGUGUGUUCGGUUCCAGCCAGUGUGAGUGGGUCGGACCAGUUGGAUAAACUCACUGCAUGCUCUCUGUCUGUAACCUCCCUCAGUAUUUUCUGAUUGUUGCGUUUUCAGACUGUAUCUUCCUCUCAUCAGCAUGAAAAUGCUUCAAAUAUUAAUAACUAUCAAUAUAAUAAAGAUUUGAUGUUUUUCUAA